AUGGUAUAUAGCCUGCUUAAACGAAGACAAAUACGCCAGUCACACUCAUGUGCCGUUGUUACAGUCUACCUGCUCAUGCGGGUCGUCUCUACACACCGCGUAUCUUCGCCGGAGCAGCUGAUAGAGCGAGUCCAGCAGGUUGGGAGACUCAUUGUAGCUGCUCAGCCCAGAGAGAUGGUCGUAGGAAAUAUCGUCCGUCGAGUACUUGGUUUAAUCAGAGACGAGUCAGAGGAUAGCCGGUUCAAGGAGCUCACCUCACAGAAGGGGUCGCAGCAGCAGCAACAACACAAAUCUCUAACUCAGUCGAGCCGUGGACAUGCGGGUACACGCUCACGGCAUACGCCACACUCCCGGAGACGAGGAGGUAAUAACCAGGAAAUAAAGGGGUUGUCCCCCUUUGAUGCGAAUGGACGGUACUUAUCCCGGCCAGCGCUCAUGACACAUCCGUCCUUUUCUGGAGUGAUGAGCACACCAGUGAUAUCCAUGUUCAAUCUCCUUUCUGAACCCGAGCCAGAAGAGACCGCCCAGCCUGAAUCAUCCCCCGUCGUAUCAGAACCAGAACCGGAGCAACCCUCUGAGGGAGAUGAUGCAGAGGCCAGCGACAUAAAGGACUUUAAAGCUGAAGUCCUCGACGGCAUAACUGAGAUCGUGGAUGAAUUGCACCAAGUUGACGACCAGAUCGCAGCCUAUGCACUCGAACACAUUCACUCAAAUGAAAUAAUCCUCACAUAUGAAUCAUCUGUCUCGGUUCAGAAAUUCCUUCUCAAGGCAGCUGCUCGCCGCAAGUUUACUGUCAUACACGUGGAAUCUUAUCCCAACAGCCACAAGGACAGUCAUGCUGCAGUCACUGGAACCCUGACGGGCGACGAAGAAGGCCUUGCAACGGACUCAUUCCAAAAGCCUCUGAUUGCACUGGGCAUCACAGUCAUACUCAUCCCUGACUCGGCCGUGUUUGCACUCAUGUCACGAGUGAACAAGGUCAUCCUGGGCACUCACUCUGUGCUCGCGAAUGGCGGCCUUGUAGCCGCAGCUGGAUCUCGAGUCGUUGCCAGCGCUGCCAAGGUACACAAGACGCCUGUAGUGGUAGUGAGUGGAAUAUACAAGCUCAGUCCUGUCUACCCGUUCGACUAUGAGGCCCUUAUCGGGUAUGGAGACGCCAGCGCGGUUGCAGAUUAUAUGCAUAGCGAUGUGGCGGAGAAGGUGGACGUGAUGAACCCGCUCUACGACUAUGUGCCGCCCGAACUUGUUGAUCUCUACAUCACCAACGUGUGA